UUGACAGUACAAAUUUGAAAAACAAUGUCGGCUGUCAGUGUCACGUUGUGUCGGGGGACAAGGAAAGGACUUUUACCGAUCAUUUUACAAACUAUAUCAAGGCAUGUCCAAUACUGCACACAUGGAACCAAAGUACUGCAAUCACAUGAUCGUUCGGGGAAGAUCAAGAUCGGAGAUAUUGAAAUUGCUCCAUGGACCACCGCAGGACUUGAAUCUUGUGUUGUUGUCAGUCUCAACUCUGGACAAAGUAAACAAAUGCACCUGGCAUUUGAUAUGGGUUACGCUUGUCAGAAAAGUGUAAAAUGUGAUCAUGUGUUUAUAAGCCAUGGCCACAUGGACCAUUGUUCAGCCCUUCACCAACACGCCAGUAAACGCUCACUGAUACGCUCUCCUCCCGCCAAAUACUACAUAGGCAGUGACCUCAGGGCACCCAUGCAAACUAUUCAUGAAAACUUCAAACGAUUGUCCGAGUUUCCUUUCAAGGCAGACUUGAUUGUGGCUGAACCGAAUGAGGCUAUCAAUUUGCCAGGUCCCUACCAUGUGGUGCCAUUUAAGACAGUUCAUCGUGUACCCAGUAUAGGAUUCCUCCUGUACAAGACCAAGUCACAUGUCAAGGAAAAAUUCUCUACACAUAGCAAGCAAGAGUUAAAGAAACUAGAACUUAGUGGGGAACAAGUGUAUUACCAAACCGUCACCCCAGAAUUAGCAUACACAGGUGAUACUACAUUUGAAGUAUUCUCCGAGCCGCCCAUUGCUGAUUUACUCAAAGUGAAGAUACUUAUCACAGAGUGUACUUAUAUCAAAACAGCCAGGAACGUAACGGAAGCCAUGACCAGAGAACGAGGACACAUCCACCUCGACGAGAUCAUUCGGAAUUCUCACAUGUUCUCCGAGGUUGAGGCACUCAUGCUUGUGCAUUUCUCAGACAGAUACAAAGCUGAUGACAUUACUGAGACAAUAGAAAGACAGUGUCCUGCGAAGUUAAAACGUAAAUUGUACUCGGCUAGUGUACAUAAUGAACAGACCCAUAUUGUUUGUUACUCAUAGACAGUAAAAACUUACCAUUAAUA